AUGCAUACCGUGUUUACUCCUGAUCUAAUAAUAGACCUAACUUGCUGGAGGAGGCCUCACACAGGGAUUAUCUGUCAGGUACAAAAUGUUGCUACCAAUGGCCUCAUCAAGUGUUACUCGAGGAGCCGGGGGGGAUAAGAUACUAAUGCCUGAUCAACAAAAUUGAUGGAUUAUAGUGCUGCCAGCUGAGCGUGAGGUUAUUUACAGCUACAGAAGAAGUCCUGUCUCAACUCCAAAAUGUCUAAUACGACAUUCAACAUGUCAACUGACAAAGUUGAGAGCACAGUUCCUCUGCCCCACAGAAAGGCCAUCUCCCCUGAGAGUCAUUACAGCAACUCGUCACUGUCGCCUUCACCUGACUCCAACAGUAGUAUUUCAGAUCAGAGUGACAGAGAGGCCAGUAGCUCCCCAGACUUUAACAUGCAGGUCUGUCUCAGCGAUGACUCCUCUGUGGAUAACCACUACGACACCACCUUACCUCAGGGUAAUGGACUUUGUGGUGUGAACAAAAACAUGAACUGCACUUUUGUCACAUCUCUCAGUGGCAGUGGGGAUUUCUGGAAUGAAAACUUGAGUCUGAGCAACAAUGAUACAGAAUCUGAGAGGCAGCAGACUUUCAGUGAGAACACAGAGGAUGGAAGUAACAGCGCAGUGACGUCUCCAGAAUCUGCUGGGAGGGAAAGCCAACUGAGUUCAGGUGAGACCUCCCGUAGAGGAUCCACUGAGAAUGACUGCUGCUCCCUGAGCUCUGGAGAAAUGGUUUUAAGGAGCAACAGUUUUUGCCUGGGGGAUGAGUCACUCUUGCUAGUCUCCUCUCUGGAGGAGUCAUCAGUAUCUCUAGCUGCAGGCCAUCCAGCAUUGCCUGCUGAAUUUAACCUGCUGUCAACCACACUGCCGGAUGUCCUUGAAAAAUCCACAGUAAGAGUCAUUGAGGAGAACACAGGCCAUCCAUGUCUUGGCAUGACUUUCACUCAGGCAGAGCUCCCCACUGAGGAAAAUGAUAUGACCACAUCCAACUCUCUUGUAGCUCUGCCAAGUCACUAUGAGGGAGGUCUUUUGAUGACCUUUGUUUGUGAAACAUCUCCUCCAGACUGUGCAAAGGAGACUGUGUUUGCUAGUGCUGAAGUGGAGCCCCAUUUCCCUGAAACAUUUACACCAGAACAAGGCAAGACCUGUGUGUCCACUAUGUCAGCUUUCCAAGACACCAAUAAGGAUAUUCAUACCUCCACUCCACUACAAAACAAUGGAAACAUGAUACUCAGCCUCCCCUCCUUCUCAGACUCUCCCUGCAAUGGAAGCCAGGCGGCCAGCCCAGGACUUCACUUUGUUAAACGGCAGCCAAUUUCUGCGACUCCUAAUCGUUUGGUUGCAGGACUACCGCUUUCAGCCGGCAAAGUCAGGAAAAUUGGAAUCAAGAAGUUUCCCAAGACAGAUUUCAGCAACGUAAAAUGCAAAGUCAUGACAAGAAGUGUGCAUCAAAUGUCAAGGCCAGGUCCAGCUCCUCUGCACAAACCAUCACAAGUUAAUGAGAACGAUGAACGCACUGAAGCACAGAGAGGAGCAACCAUCAGGAUUAGUCCUGCCAAGAUAAGGAAUAGCACUGCUGUUGUCUCUACCACCACGAGAAUGAUUAGUGAUGCUCAGAGAAGAGGCAAUACAGGAGGUGUUGAUUUGGGUGCAGCAGUUGCACAGUCACCUGGGCAUACUGCUGUGGAGGGACAGGUCAACAGUACAGCAUCCCAACCUAACCACCACCCAGCUGCAAACCAACAGGCUCUAACAGUCCAAUGCAGUAAUGCCAGCCCUAAAACAGCACAGGCAGCCUCAAGCCAAGUAGCAUGCGCUGCAGCACAGCAUCCUGGCAACCAAACCUUCUGCCUCUCAUCCUUAGAAAAAUCCCCAGAUAGAAGUGGCCAAAAAGAUCACAAACCAACUCCAAAAAAGGGCGUGUUAAACAAAAUUGAGGUCAGAUCAGGCUCAGCUUUAGGUCAGGACAAACCUCCUUUCCUGAAGACUCGACCCCGCUGCUCAUGGGAGAGUUCAUCAUUGUCAUCUAUGCCACCCAGGGAGAAAAGAACAUCUCUAAGGACCUCGAAUAGCUUUACCAUUCCCAACGCUGACGGCCACCUGGGCCAGACCAGAACAAGCAACCUCACUUGCUCCUCUCAGAAUAAGCAGCCUAAACAGGCUGAGACCACGAGCAGACCUGCUGGAAAAGUCACAAGAGAGGUUAAGAGGCUCAGCCUGGUGGCAGAGUCCAGCAAAUCACCAUCAGCAGGAGCCUCAUGGGAUGAGAGCAAGAGCAGAUUUCGAGGACGGCCAUAUCCUAAACAAACAAGAGCGCCAGCAACUUCACAACCUCCAUCUGACAGUCCCAGACCAGCUACUCUCUCAGCCAGGCAGAGGCAGGGCACCCUGGGGAGGGAUGAGUGCAGGACCUCCAAAGCUGUAGGGACACCACAGUGCAAGCAGAGGAGCAGUACAGGCAGCCAGAGGGCGCGGGCAACAGGAGAGCCAUCCCUUGGAACUGCCUCAACAGCAAGUGUUACGCCUCAACUAAAUGGAUCCCGACCUCCUCAUACUCCCACUCGCCCCUCAAUUAUGGGCCCUCCCCCUACUCCUACUUCUAGACCACCACGCAAGGCCCUAGGGCAAUCAAGGAGCCUUACUGGAAGUGAAGAUGGGGCUACGCCAGUUUCCGGAGGAGCUGCGCAUAAACCAUCCUCUUUCAAAACUGUGCUGAAAGCUAGACUCAUCACAACUCCUGGGAAAAACACUGGAUCAUCUUUGGCCACAGUAUGCAAACCUGCGGCAUCCACCAGCAAAGCAAAUUCUACAGCCAGUUCUCUGAAAAGGACCACUUCACCGAGGAUUAUUCGUCUAACUUCAAGUGGACCUGUGGACAAGAACAAACCCAAGGCCAGCUGCCGCCAGCAACACCCUCAGCAACAAGCGUCCCAACCAAACCAGCGUAGUGGACCUCCGGAUGUGGUGCCACCGAGUGUCACCGAGGGUGGAAGAAAGGACCAGAGCAUCCAGCUGCUUAGAGGACUCCUGGCAGCUAGUAACCGUGGAUUUGAGGCUGUUGCCAUUGUCUUGCAGCAAGCUUUAGCUGAGCGUGAUGAAGCCACAAGGCAGCGCAGGGAUCUGUCCCAAGAGCUGGUCAACCUUCGAGGAGAGCUGGUUUGCUCAAUUGAAUCUUCUGAACGUCUGGAGAAGGAGAAGGAAGAGCUGCGUGUCGCUCUGGAGGAUGCACUGCACAAACUGCAGGAGCAGCAUCAGAAGGACCUGGCCGAGGUGGAGCAGAGGCUACAGGCCUUCUAUCAGGCUGAGUGGGACAAGGUCCACCUCACCUACCAGGAGGAGACGGACAAGUGCAAGACUCUCAUGGAACAGCAGAUGGGAGAGCUUAAAGAAAAUCAUGAAGCCAUGAAGCUGGAGCUAGAGAGCAACCAUGCAGAACAGCUGCAGUCUUUUAAACAGAAAUAUGAAAUGUCACUGGAAGAGCUCAGUAAAGUCCACGGUGAGGAGCUGCAAUCUUUGGACAAAACUUUGAAAGAGACAGGAGCUGUUCUAUCAGGACGAAUUGAAGAGCUGACUGCAGAGAACAAUGCCCUGAUUGAGAAGCUAACUGCAGAAGAGAAAAGGAGGAAGCAGCUGGCCGAAAACAGUCAGAAGGAUGCCCACACGCUGUAUCUGGAGCAGGAGCUCGAGAGCCUCAAAGUGGUGCUGGACAUCAAAAACACACAGCUCCACCAGCAGGAAAAGAAGCUGAUGGAGAUAGAUAAACUGACAGAGAAAAAUGUGAAGCUGGACGAGAGCCUUAAGAAGGUCCAGCAGGAGAAUGAGGACCUCAAAGCCCGCAUGGAGAGACAUUAUGCACUGUCAAGGCAGCUGUCGUCAGAGCAGGCCGUGCUGCAAGAGUCCCUUCAGAAGGAGUCCAAGGUGAACAAGCGUUUGUCGAUGGAGAACGAGGAGCUGAUGUGGAAGCUCCAUAACGGAGACCUGAGUAGCCCUCGCAAGGUGUCCCCCACCUCCACCUCCCCCUCCCGCUCCUUCAGCCUCCAAUCACCUCGCAGCUCGGGCGUGUUCUCCAGCACUCCUGUCUCGCCCAGAUAACGAUGGGCUCCUGCUUCCAGGAAGCACUCCCUCUCUGUUGAGUUAUCAUUCUGGAAUUAAGAGCCAUGUUUGCUUCCCGUUUGCUUAGCAACACAACAGCCCGACUUUGGCUCCUUCAGGAUUGGAUGAACUCUGAAACGUUCUGUACAGACAUGCUACAGACUGUAAAAAAAAAAACAAAAAAAAAACAACCAUUGCACAGAAGCACUUAAUAAGCAAGGUCGCCUUGUUUUUGCCUUUCACGUCUGAUACUAUAAAUGGGAGGGUGGGAGAGAGAAUCUCAGGACUUCUAUGUAAUGAUACACUAUUUUUGUUACUUGUUGGUAGAGGCUUGUCUGUCCUGAGGCUCAGCGCACACACACUACAUGCAGUAAAAGAUGCACACAUGCAUGCAUAUCAACAUGUGCAGAUACAACCCAGCUCCUUUGUGUCCCUGGCAACCACAGCCAUGGAAAGUCUGAAUACAGAAUAGCUUUGAACACAGACGACACUCCUCAGAGUGCAUUUUAUUUGAAGUACGCAUGAAACAUGGAAUUGCUUCUUUUGGAUUCCUGCACCAUUUCUCGCAGCUAACUGCGCAAGAGUGACAGUCAGAUUGUCAUAUCAAUAACAUCUUGCUGCUGAUAGGUACACCAGCGCUGUACAAACCUCAAUAUUUGUUCAGAAUUUCUUUGAGGUUUUUUUUUUAAGGGUUGGGAUUUUGUACACUUAGGUUGUCAGUUUAAGUAUCAUCUGUGGCCUCGAACAUUUUUUUUCCUUCACAUUUGUUUGACCAAGGGACCAAUCCAAGUCUUUGUGCAUGUGUUUGAGUCUUGGUAAUCACCCCUUACUGAACCCUCCUAAUGCAGCUUUAAAGUGGGCGUCUUUGCAAAUAGUCACGCAAAAGAGGCUUUCUUGUACAUGUCAAAAAGAGUAUUUUAUGUGGAAUUGAUAUUAUUGGUUUGUUGACCCUGUUUGAAAUAUGCAAUUAAUAAAGUCUUGUAUCAAAUUCAAAA